CGCGAGGUUAUUUUUGUAAAUAGGGAUGACGAACAAUGUUUGAUACGCGUCUCUAUGAGGCCCAUAUUCCAUCACCAUUACCGACCUCUCAAUCCCUUCAAAUCCCCUCUCUCCUCUUCCUAACGCCAAUUGCCAAACCCUCUCAUCCCGUCUUUUCUCUCUCCACACAAAGCAAACCCAAACACAGGGUCUCUGCUCUCUUUCUUUCUCCUUAUUUCUAUCCCCUUGAAAUCGUUUUCUCGAUCCUGGUAGAGAACAAGCCAGAGAGAAAUGGCUCAAAGAACCGAGAAGGAAGAGACCGAGUUCAAGGUACCUGAAACCUUGACGCUAUGCAUCAAUAACUGCGGGGUUACGGGGAAUCCCGCCACCAACAACAUGUGCCAAAAGUGUUUUAACGCCACGACCGCCACGUCCUCCUCUUCUCCCUCCUCGUCUUCCAGCGCCACCUCCGCCUCCGGUGGGGCUAUUGCAGGUGGAGCCUCAAUUACGAAAUUCUCCGACGACCAAUCCUCGAGAUCUACCCCGUCUCGUUCACAGCAGAACCGAUCCGAUUCUUCUCCGCCUACGACGGCUGCGACGAUAACGAAUAGUCGGACCACUGCAUGGAAUCGAUCAGGAAACGAUCCUGCUGCGGCUGCGGAAAAGAAGGUGGUGAACCGAUGUUCCGGUUGCAGAAAACGCGUGGGGUUGACCGGGUUUCGGUGUCGAUGCGGGGAGCUUUUUUGUGCGGAGCACCGGUACUCGGAUCGACACGAUUGCAGUUACGACUACAAGACAGCGGGUCGCGAGGCUAUCGCUAGAGAAAAUCCCGUGGUUAAAGCAGCCAAGAUUAUCAGAGUUUGAUGUUAUGAAAUUAAAUUAAAUUAAAAUAUUGGAUCAUUUUCGGACGUGAAAAUUUGAGCAAGUUGUGGAGAUCCAUGCUCGAUCUCUUCAUCUCGUCCGAACAGAUGCCGACAUCUCAAAGAUUCCGUUUCACAGAGAGAGAAAAGAGUCAACCAAAAUCUUCACAUCAAGAUUACUGGAGAUUAAGAAGAUAUAUUCUCUCUUCGGAUUGUUCAUGUCCGAUCAAUCUAUAGUAUUUCAUUUUUCAUUUUACUUGUUUAUUUUAAUUGAGAAAUGAAAGAUUAUUGUGGCUUAUUUAUGUUUGUGUUAGCUUGACCUCCACGACGCAGAUCUUCUAUUCUAGCCAGCUUUUGCUUCA